UGCCCUUCUCUCUCAUCUUUCUCUCUCUUCGGCGUCGGCGAUUUUGCGAACCUCAGGGGCUAUCGAACUCAGAGUCAUGGGCGGCGAGUUGAGGUACGAGAUCUCUCAGAACGCGUACAUAAAGCUGGUCCUCCACGCCCUGAAGCACAAAACCUCCGGCGUCAAUGGCGUCCUCAUCGGCCGUGUUUCCUCCCAAAACGACGGCGUUGUGGAGAUCACCGACUCCGUCCCUCUCUUCCACUCCCACCUCGGCCUCCUUCCCCAGCUCGAAAUCUCCCUCAUCCUGAUAGAGGAGUACUAUUCAAGCAAAGGGGAUAACAUUGUGGGUUAUUUUCACGCCAAUGAGAGAUUCGAUGAUUAUGAGCUUGGUGGUGUGGCUAAGAAUAUUGGUGAUCACAUAUCUCGUUACUUUCCUCAAGCGGCCAUUCUUUUGUUAGAUAACAAAAAGCUCGCAGCUUUGGAAAAGUCCAAGGAUCGGAGCCCUGUUUUGCAGAUCUACACAAAGGAUGCGUCCAGAAACUGGAAGUUAGUUGGAUCAGAUGCAGGGCAUCAUCUGACUACUAAGGAGCCAUUAGCAAAUGUGGUUCUGUUGGAUUAUAUUUCAACUGAAAAAUGGAAAGAUCUUGUUGAUUUUGAUGACCACCUUGAUGACAUUAGCAAGUGA